AUGUUGGUUGACUUUAUUUCGACUCACAACCACCUUGCCACUGGAGAGUUCACAGGGCCCUUAGGAGCCAAAAGGGCAAACUCCCAGUGGCAAAUUCUCAAGGAAAUGCUAAAAGAGUAUUGGCCAGACAGAACAAUUGAUCAGUGGAAGCAGACUUGGAAAGAUUUAAAAAAGAGUGCGCGUACAGAGAAUGCAGCGGCAGCUCGUGGACACAGUACCACGGGAAAUUCAUUAAUAGUACCGACUGUGUCCGAAGUGAGCACAAACGUUUUAAACAUUCUAGGGUUUGAGUCUUCUACUGGUAUUGGGCCUGAAGAGUCUUCAAUAGGCCAGGCAAAUAGUAUACAUGAAAGGCUCAAAGAGCGCAACAACCUUUUAUGUGAACAAAAUCAAUUGCUUCGUACACAGAAUAAACUCAAAAAGAUGAAAAGGUAA